UGCAGCAGAAUCGGGUUGACCGCUCCCAGAUGAGUGGCUCCCAGCCAGUUUCUUUUUCCUUCUGUUUUGUAAUUUUUUUCCUACAAAGGAGGGAGGAUCCUGACCUGCGCAGCUCGCUGAGUGAAAACAGCCGACAGUAUCAACAAGCAGAGGACACAAAGUCCUUCUGAGGAGCGGGACUUUUAUAUUUAUAUCCGUUAACCUCUGACAACAAACGGGACAAGUUCACCGUAAGGGAGACAGCAGUUCCCUGUAAUGGUACGUUAAUGGAGCGGUACGGUAACCUUGAUUUGGACCUGGAGUGUCAUGAAGGAGCUGUCUCUCAAAAAGCCUCAUUAUUCAGUGGGAUAUUCAAAAAAUCCUCCAAGUCUAAAGAACUGCUUCCAUCUGCACAGGCUGCCUUGACAUUACAAAAUCCUGAACUGUCUGCCAGCAAUGACAGUUUAACCAGCAAGUCAAAGGAUAAAUCAGGUGUGCUGGGUGGAUUACAGAAACUAUCUCCCAAACCAAGACAUGUGCAGAGGUCUUCGCAGGAUCUAAAGGACGUCUCAGCCAGUAAUGACAAUCUGUCUGAGGACACCAAUGCAAAGGAGGAUUUGUCCACAACCGUUAAGAUCAUAGGCAGCAAUGACAAUCUGCCAGUGAACAGCAACACUAAGGAGACAAGUAGCAGUAUGUUUAAAAAAUCCCCACACCCUCAGGAGGAUUCUGCUGCACCAGAUGAUCUCUCUGGCAGCAAUGACAAAAACCACACAAAGGAUGAUUUGUCUGUCGAUGAUGAACUCCUUGCUGGUAAUGACAGUGCCGUGGAGAAGUCUUCAAAAGGUGGCGUUGCAAAGGUCUUGAGGAGUCCCUUCACCUCCUCCUCUCAGGAUAAGGAAAAGACUGACCACUCAGGAGACUCACAGGAGAACAGUUCUGCCACAGGGAAGCCCAAAACCAAGGAGGAGAAAAGCUCUAACAACAAUGACGAGAAGAAAGUGGACCAUGGAAAUAACCAGCCCACUCAGAAUAGACUGGCUGGGGGAAUGACGAAGCUGAAUCCAUUUCGAUAUGCAAACAAAAAUGAAAAGGAGGCAGGCUCAAUAGAAGAAGAUUUAACUGUCAGCAACAAGAAGUCAUCAGGCCAUAAGCAGAAUGCCGUGGUUGGAGCCAUGUCCAAACUGAUAUCUUUCCGCCAAAAAAAAGACACAGAAGAUGCAGAAACACUCAAGGAGAAUGAAAAAGAAGUGGGAGAAAAAUCAAAACCAGAGGUGAAGGGGACGUCGUCACAUGACAAAGUAAAACCAAGAAGAAGUGAGGAUAACAACGAAGGCAAAGACAUGACCUCCAGAGAGAGGAAAGAAAAACCUGCAAAGCCUCCUGCAGUUCCUGCCCGACCAUCAGAAGAGGAGCUGAACAGAAUAAUUAGACACAGUCGACAAGAGCAGAACAACCAACAGGAUGCAACUGAUGAUGAAGGGCUCAAAGCUGAUGAAGAGUCCGCAUCCAAAGAUGAAAAGAAUGAAGAGGAGGGCAAGGGGAAAAAAGAGGCUGCAUCGGAUGAUGUGGGGCUGAAUGCAGAUGAGGAAUCUGCAUCCAAGGAGGAAACGAAUAAAGAAGAGGUCAAGGAGGAAAUGGAGACCAAAGUCAAGAAAAAAAAGAAGCACAACCCGUUCAUGCCUGAUGUAAAGGCCAAAGUGAUACAGAGACGUGCACAAGAAACAGCCCAAGCAGAGAGUGAAGGUGCGAACAGGUCUGUGUUUGACCAGCUAGAGGACUACCGUAUUGGCACUGCCUCAACUGAACAUAGUAAUGAUGUGGAUCUUAUGGAAUGGUGGGAAACUGUGGAGCAAUGGAAAGACCCACCUCACCAUAAAGACAUGACAGAAAAAGAAGAGGCCAAGGCCUUUGCUUUGACCGCUGAGAAGCUGCAGAAGGGCAUCAGAGUCUUCAACAAACUGUUCACGGAGCGGGCAGAGAGCCUCUGGAAGCAUGUCAUUGACCUCAACAGCAUCGCUGAUGGGCUCGACAAGUUCAGCAAGAACACAAAGAUCGCUCAAAUCACAGGCGGCUCCACCAGCGCCGUUGGGGGCGUCGCCACUGUUGCUGGCCUCGCCCUGGCUCCCUUCACCAUGGGAACUUCCUUGAUUGUGACUGCAGUGGGACUGGGCAUUGCCGCGGCAGGCGGUCUGACAUCAGCAGGUGCCGGCAUCUCCAACCAGGUCAACAACACCAUGGACCGCAAGAAGGUGGAGAAGAUUGUGCAGGACUACCAGGAGAAGAUGGAAGACAUCAACAAGUGCCUGACGUUCAUCAAACAGGGUAUUGAGAACCUGCGAAGGUUCGAUCUGAUCAAGAUGAAGAAUAGCGCAUACAAUCAGGACUUUCCUUCACUUACUAGCAGAUUCUAUGAAGAUGGCGCCAUGGCAGGAAAGGCGAUCCUCCUCAAUGCCAAUGAGAUCAUGCGUUUUGUCCAGUUUGCCCAUGUAGCAGGUAGCACCGCAGCCAGAGCAGUCCAGAUUGCUAGUAUGGCAACCGGUGUGCUUAGUGGACUCUUUGUAGUUAUGGAUAUCUACUUUGUGUCCAAAGACUCCAAAGAACUCAAGAAAGGGGCAAAAUCAGAGUUUGCUGCCAAAAUCAGGGAGGUGGCGCAACAGCUGCACGAUGGUCUGGUGGAGCUGAACUCAAUACAUCAAGAGCUGCAGUUCAACUCACCAGAAAAAGACUCUGAGAAGACCACCAAAGAUCUGGACAGUGAGAAAAAAGAGAAAGACAACAAAGAAAAGAAAGAGAAGGAUGGAAAAGAUUUGAACAGUGAAAAGAAGAACAAUGACAGCUCAGACGAAGAUGAAAUCGACCGCAUUAAAAAAGCCAUCAAAAAGGAUCUUGAGAACAGAGAAUAUGUUUAACACAUAACUAGGAAGUACUUUCAGCUUUGCUUCCUUGUUAAGGGUUAAAGGAAAACUCAGUCCGAUUCCCAAAAGACAAGCAAAUGUUUUGUAUUUUACUAUCUAUGAGGUGGUUGGUGCCAGAUUUUUAAAGUAAAACUGCAAUCAGGCGUAUUUUAAUUGUCCAAAAGGAGCCCUUAAAGGUUAAAAUAUUAAGUUAAAUAUCUAAACAUGAAAUAAAGGAUCCAACUUCUUUAAAGAUG